CACUCAUUGCGUCAUUUAUUAGUCUCAAGAACAGAUUUAUUGUCCACUAGAGAAUCACUGAUAGGUUGUGUAUAUAUGUAUGCAAGUGUGUUGGACGGGACUCACAAGAGAAAAAGAGAAACCUCUCAGAGAGAAGAUUUUCUCACGGCAUAUCUUCAACUUCUCAACCAACAUGUCUCACCCAGGUCAGGAAAAAGAUGAACAAAUGCAGCGUCCUGAGGUGAGCGACGAGGACCUGACUGAAACAUUGAACAGACUGGGUAAGAGUGGACCAGCAAAGAGCAAGACAAUCGAAGUAAUGGAGGAGUGCGAAAAAGUUGGUAAAGCUGCUCCCUCGGUGUUCAGUGGAGCGAGGUCAGGAGUGGAGACUGUUUUGAACACGCGCUCAGCUCGACCAAUCAGGAAGUAGCACUGGACUUCCUGACCAUAGUUGGACAACACCUGUUCCACUUCAGGGGUUUGGGAUCAGUUGUCCUCCAGUUUGUGUUUUUGAAGUCAACCCUGUUUGGUCAUGGCAUGCUUUGGCACUUUUUUUAAAGUGAUAACUUCCUUAAACAAAUAAUUUCUAUAUACUUGUAAGUAGGGCUGCAUGAUAUUAGGAAAAUAUCUAAUUGCGAUUAUUUUGACUGAUAUUAUGAUAUGAUUCACAAUAUUGG